UGAAUUCUCUAAGCCAUAUUUUAAGAAAACUCUAAAUUAAUAUUUGCCUGUUAACAAUAUUGACAAUGUUUAGUUUAUUUAGCUUGAAACAUUUCAAGCUGAACAUUUUCAAAAAGGACUUCACGCCCGCUCACCAUGGCAACGAAGCGAACAAAACACUUGCGUCCCUGAAAACAACACAACGACGGCUACACCUUGCGAUUGCAACUGGUAGAGGGACACAAAUAGUCCUUUUCUGUGCUAAAUCGGUGUCCCAUCAUGUCGCUGUUUACCGUACGCAAUUGGUGGAAAACGCAGUGUCCUACAAUCGAACCAGCGUACGAUUCCUUUUCCUUGCACUGUGCCCGGCUGUGCAUAGAGGAGGGUGAGAAGGACAGCAUCGUGGUGGGAUCCCAUUCCGGUCAGCUCUGUAUCUACCGUCCGUCCGGUGGGGCCACCAAUCUGCCCGAUCUCGAUGCGGAGGACACCGAAGGACAGGCGAAAACAACUUCCACCCCGAAUGAUCCGUUUGAGAAUGUGUUUCAACAUGCGGACGUUAUCCUGGAGGUGCAGCUAGCAUUUCCAGUGCUGGCCAUUUGCAGUGGGAAGUUUACCACGACGAAUAAAACCGAUCCCCGUUUGCAGCUGGCCGUACUGCAUCCGACAAAACUUUCCAUCUAUCAGAUCGUAACGAUAGACGGACUGGCGGAUCAUGGCGAUCAUACGCUGCUCGUAACGCUCUGCGACCAUCCGCUGUCGAAACCAGCCUUCUCCCUGUGCCAUGGCCCGUUCGGUGGUGUGAAAGGGCGAGACUUUCUUUGCGUACAACAUUUGGACGGUUCGCUACGGUUCUUCGAGCAGGAUGGUAUCAGUUAUGAGCGUACGCUGGCCACCGAUCGGCACAUACCAUCGCCGAUGCAUUAUUUGCAACGCGUCGAUUGUUUCGUAACGGUUGCACCGAGCUGGGUGUUGGAGUGUUACCGGUAUCAGGACAUUGCCGAAGCGCUCGAAUCAUUGCGCCGUCACGAUCCAAUCUGGUCGCUGUGCGUUGGCGAGUAUGCGCUCGAUCUGCAGGUGCAUCAAAUCUCCAACACCGAAUCCGUCGUUGUGAUAUUGGGUGAGAACAAUUUACUGUGCGUGUCGGACACCGGUAAGGUUCGCUUUGUCAAAAAGCUCGACUACUCCCCGAUCUGUUUCCACACCUUCGUCACCGGUUGGUACUGGGAACCUGGUGCUCGAUUGAUGCUGGCCGUUGUCUCCGAAAGUGGUUCCUUACUGCUGUACGAAAGUGAUCAAAUCAUCUGGUCUGCUCAGCUGGGUGACAUACCGGUGGCUAUCAGUCGCGCAAACGUGACUGGACUCCCAGGCGCUCUGGUUACGCUCGGCCCCACCGGAUUGCUUACGAUCGGGUAUCUCGGUUCCGAACCGCAACUGUUUCGCGUACCAGCUCUGAAUCUAGCACCAUUUGAAAUUGCUCGCUGCCAGAAGGAGUUGCUAGAGCUGGAGCGAGAAAUACGUGCCGGGGUGGAUCCGAGUGAUGCGAGCAUUGCAAACGCAGCUGCCGAAAGGGACGUUAAGUUGGGCGUUGCCAUCGGUGAGGAAACGGUCCCCUGUACUCAUCCGACAAACAUUCCCCCCGGGAUGGUCAUUGAAAUGUGCCAACUGAGUGUAACGGUAAAGGUGGAACCGAAACUUGAGGUACUGCAGCUUACGAUCAACACUGAUCAGGCGAUUGGAUGCUCUAAGGAUGCGUUUCUUUUCCGAGAUGUGGUAGCACACAGUACGGAACAAUAUGACGUGUGGAUAUAUCCGGUCGAGCAAACGCUACCAGCAACACGCACGGUAACCGUGUACUGUUCCUACACCAACAAGCAAGGCAUUACGAGGGUGCUCCAGAAGGAAGUUUCGCUCCCAUUGAAGCUAUGCCUCAAGCCAUGUACACCUUCAAAGGAAGCCCAAUACAAACUGACCCUCUCGGUUGUUACUACGGCACAGAACAUUUUCGGUAACGGAUUGGGACAAUUAUUUCCCGAGUUUGCCUCUGACGGUAACAGUGCCACUAGUGCACUUGGACUGCAACCUAUUGGAGGUGGUGAUGGACGUAGAGUCACGAUAGUAGCGGCCAAAAACACCAAUCGUUUUCGUAUACAGUCCGAUGAGCUUGGUAUUAUUCCGCUGGUAUUAGAAUGUCUCAUCGGACGUCUACAAGGUGGGCGAGAAAUUGGAACUCCAUCUGAUGGGGAAGGAAUCGCCCGGAAAGACUUGGCCAAAGUAACUAUCAACGGAGUUCCCUCGAUAAGUGGACUAUUGAGAUCGUUACAGACUCAUUGUGAAUUAAGAAAAGCUGUUAAACAACUAGAGGAGGACCUUGAGAUCACCACUGGACAGAUGCGUCUGUUCGAACGGCGAUUCGUCGUCAAGCUGCAGGAACGCUCCUUGCGUGCCCUCGACGGUAUAUUAAUGCUGCUCAAACGAAACCACAGCUCGGUGGCAAAGGUUUGUCUCCAACUGAAAACCCUACGCCAAAAGAUGAAGCUCGCUCAGAUUGAUUUAGCCGCCAUUUUGCAUUUGUUUCACCUCUACUACACUCAUGCGGCUAAUGCACCUUCGGGCACGAAAUACCUCGAACAUCUUACCGGACUUCUAAGCCACUCCGUCAUCGACAGUACUGAGCAGAGCUACGAGGAAAUGCUACUUCCCGUGGUACGCUUUUUGGAACAGUCAGGGCCACUAAAAAAUUCUACCGAACAGCCGGACACUUUCGAUGAAGCAUUCUUUUACACCGCCAAACAGCAGGAACGUGGCGAUGUGGACGUUUCCAUCCACAGUGAACUGUUGCAGAAGCAGCUUCAGCGUCUCCUUGGACGUGUUAAUGAUCGUUUCGGUACCACGGGCAAAGCGGCCGGAAGUGGCAGCGGUCGGAAUAGUGUCGAUUUCGAGGAUCAACCACUGCCGGAAGCGCAUAACGAAGAGGCAGAAGAGGAGGAUGACGAUAACCGGACUGAGGAUCGUUCGGGUUCCGAGUUCGCGAACCUCAGCUCCACCGCUAGUGAGUGGGUUAACUACGAAAAAAUGUCUGAUUUACCAUUGUAAGGUUAAGUAUUUUCUUUGCCGGAAGAUGGAUAUAUGUACCGUAAGUUGU